UGACAAUAAGUUGUUAAAAUAUAGUUGACGGAAACAAACAAAUAACGAUCUUAAAUGUAAAUUAAAAAUAAAAACAAAAAUACAUUCACUACAUAAUUGAUUUUUAUAUAGAAUCUUAAUGUGUGAAUGUGUAAAUUGACACUAAAUAAAAGUACCAGAUGUUAAACUUUAUAUAGGUACAUAACAAUAGUAUCAACAUUUACUUUUGAGUUAUUUCCUAAGUAAUGGCAGAAAUGAACAGCACAGAUCCUCAAGUUCCUGGUGCACCUACACACCUUUACUUACUUCAAAUGGAUUCCAGUAUAAAUUUAAGUUUAAAUGAACAACUUUUACCCCUGCAUUUAUUAGAUAAUAGCUUAGAAUAUGGUCACAAACAGUACCUGUUACCAAUUCCUUUAAAACAGAAAGAAACUCAAGAUCAACUGGAAGUUCUUAUUGAUUCUAGUCAAGGUCAAGCCAAAAUUAUGGGUGUAAUUGAUAGAAAUCAUAAAAGUGCACAGAAUAUUUUAGCAAUCUGUGAUGAUCAACUUCAAACCUCUUCCAUGGUUGAAGGCAGUAUCAACAUGGCCUUAAGUACAGAUCAUGUACCACACAUGAAAGGGACACCCCUAAAUCUAAGUAUUGAAGAAACAGAACAUGAUGACAAAAUCAAUAAAACUAAAACUAUUAAUAACUAUGUUCACAUAUCUGACCGCAUUGUACCUCCCCGCGCCUAUGCGGUGCUACCAUCGGUACUUCAAAUACAAAGACACCAUAUAAUCUCAACAAGAAGGAGUUUGCCCGCAUUUGCACGAUUUGGUCCUGUUCAAGGAAUAAGAAACAAAUUAUCUCAAUCAGAAGCUGUGGAACUAGUACUUAAUGCUACUUCAAACAAAGUACCUUUAUUUCUAGUAAGGGACUUAGAUGGAAAUAUCAUUCACAUUGAUACAACUGAUAAAGAUAAGUCUAAUUGGAUCGGCUUACUGCCACUAGGAGAUCAAAACUCUGCAAAUGUAUGGCUAUAUGAAGAAAAUCAAGAACUAUAUGUGGUAACUACGGAAAUACUACAACUAAGGAAACCUCUCAUACUUGGAUACAGUAAACAAUAUGCUGAUGCCUAUGGAUUAAUAGGCCCUACUAAAGAAAUUGGAAAAGAUACUGAAGUUCAGAAAACAUGGUGGUGUUACGAAUGUCAACGUGCCCUGCCAUCAGAAAAACAAUUAAAAUCUCAUACUGAAUCUUGCCACAAGGAUGGGGUCUUACUACCAAGGCGACGGUAUCGUUGUCGACAUUGUACAAGAACAUUUUCUAGACUAUUUGUAUUAAGACGGCAUACAUCACUUCAUUGCCCAGUAAAAUUAGAAAAAAGGAAUAGAGUGAGCAAUCAGGACCCUAAAAAUGAUGGACCACAAAUUAAUAUAAACACGUCAAUAAACUCUGAAGACAACCGAAUACCGUCAGAUGAAAGUUUCCAAAACUAUUCUAAUGGGUUAGAUUUCUCCACUAAUCUCUUUGAUACUGAUCGUAUUUCUAGUCUUGAUAUUUCUGGUAAUACCAGAUCUGAUAAUGAUUUUAAUCCUUACGCUAUCGGAUAUAAAGACGAAAAUGAUUUAGCUAACGAUCUGGAAUUUUCAAGUAAAUUAGAAAAUUGUCGAAGGACUUCCAAAGAGAUAUCACCAAAACCAGAAGAACAACUUAUUGUUCCAUGUCCAUACUGCAAUGAAAUUAUUGUUAAAGGAAAUAGGCGCCAACAUAUAAGCAAAUGUCCAGCGCGCAUGUUGACUUGCGAAUGUAAAAAAGUAUUCAGAAACAUGAAACAAUUUAAAGAACAUAUGUGGAGUCAACAUUCAAACGAAAAACCAGUUCAGAGUGAAAGUGAAAAUAAUGAACCUGCACCCGAAACAAAACCAGAAGGGCCGCCACUGUAUAAGUGUGACCAGUGCCAACAUACUUUCAAGCGUCGAGGUAUGCUGGUGAACCACCUAUGGAAGAUACACAACAUGAUCUCUGCGCAAGUCCCGCUGGAGCGGCGCGUGCGCCACUACCCUUGCGGGACUUGCACUAAGUUGUACAGGACUGCCGCUAAACGAGACCGACAUGUACAGCUUCAUCAUCCAGGGGCUGCAAAAUUCCGUGUAGAAGCUCUGGAUGGCGGCACUCGAGUGUGUGAGCCGGCGAUGUGUUCCGAAUGUCCGCGUCAGUACGUCACGCGAGCAAAGUUACUGCAGCACCAGAGGGCACAUCACCCUUAUUUGAUUCUACCGCCAACUACCAAAAAAGGAAAAAGUUUACUAAUUGAGCAAGUCAUGUAGUUAUGAAUAGCUGAACAAACAAUACCUAGUGGUAAGU